AUUCGCCGUCCACCGAACGCGUUCUUCCUAUACAGGAGCCAUCUUUGGGACACGGUCAAAACACAGUGGGCUGAGAACAGCGAAAAACGCCAAGUCAACUUCUCGAAGUACGCCGGCGAGCAGUGGCAAUGCGAGUCGGCGGAAGUGAGGGACCACUGGGAAGCCCGCGCGGCUACGGAGAAGAAGGCCCACAAGGAACGCUAUCCGGACUACAAAUUCUCUCCG